UCAGCUCCUCGUCAUGUUUCGAUGAGUCAGGAUUUUAGAACAAUAAUCUGUGAGUGUCACAGCACAGACUCACACUGAUGCCAUUUCCUCCUCCUCCUCUGCUAUGCCUGGAGGAUGUGGUUGCCAUGGUAACCAGACAGUCUCAGAGGACACACAGAGGAGUGGAGGAUGGGAGGGUCUUUGUUUAGAGACAAAAGCAGAAUCACUUUAUUAUUGUUGAUGAUUUGUGAGUGAAUAAAUGAGCAGAUUAAGAUCAAGGCUCAGGAUUAUUCAUGUCUUCAUGACACGAUUCCUUCAGUGUUCAUGGUCUUUGUCCUCUGGAGAGACGAGGGACAGACAGUGUCUCUGAUUAUUGUCUGUGCCUCUGGAGACAAAGAGUGGACGUGUGUCCAUGUGUCUCUCGGUCUCUCUCUGAUCGCCCUGCUCUGUCAUCUCAGAUUGGGGUCACAAACCUCCGACUGUUCGUCUCCAUAGCAACAGCACUGUUACUGAUCCACCUUCAUUUGAUUCAUUUUCCACGUGGGUGGAGUUUCUUACCCAGCAUGCUCUGCUGCCACUGCAGUGUGUGUGUGUGAGAGGCAGAAAGAGACAUCUCUUGAUGUAGAUGAGUGGUCAGAGUGAGGGGGAGGGGCAUGUUACUAUGGUAACAUCAAUAUCUCUGAGCUCAUUGAUGGGAAACAUUUAAAAACAGUCUCAUAUUUAUUUAUUUUUGUUUGUUUUCUCAGAUCUUUUACAGAGAACGCACAGAAUAUGGGGCGCUGCACCAUGUGAACAUGGCCAACGCUUCUUACGAUCAGCUGGCCCACCAGGUGGAGGCGCUCCGCAAGGAGAACUCCCACCUGCGGAGGGAGCUGGAGGACAAUUCCAACCAUCUGUUCAAACUGGAGACGGAGACAUUCGGCAUGAAGGAGGUGCUGAAGCAGCUGCAGAGUAAACUGGAGCAGGAGGCGGGAACUCUGGCAUCAUCAGGGCGGAGCGAUGUUCUGCACCAGCUGACAGAGCUCCACAUGGACCUCACCAAGUACUACGAGCUCAAACAUCAGCCUCACAACCUGAGGCUGCUGCCGGGCACUCUGGGAGGGGCAGGGAGCGGCAGUGUUGUAGGGGCGGAGAUUGAAGACCACCUGGCUCUGCCUCUGUCCUCCUGCUCCUCCUUGUCCUCGGUGGCGCCCGUGAACCGGGCCAGGAGUCCACUCAGAUCCUCGUCCCGUCAGAGCGACGCGUCCGCGGGCGAGGCCACCGCCCUCAUGCUGCCGCAUCACUUCCUGGACGGAGCCCCGCCCAAAACAGCUGUGAUCAGCGGCGCAGACGGUCGACUGAGCGACCACCACCUGGAGGAGCUGUACAAGGAGAGGAACCUGCUGUUGGGGGAAAUCGACCGUGAGGAGAGAGAGCGAUGUUGGUUCUUCAGCCAGCUGGAGGCGCUGUCACAGAGACUGACACACCUGCCACGGAUCGACACAUUCUCACUGCAGAUGGAUCUGAUCCGACAGCAGCUGGAGUUCGAGGCCCAGCAGCUCCGCUCUGUGAUGGAGGAAAGAUUUGGGACGAGCGACGAGAUGGUUCAGAGGACGCAGAUGCGUGUCGCUCGUCUGGAGCAGCUGGAGAAGGAACUGCACGAGGUCCAAGGGAGUCAGGAGAGUCAGUUACAGCUGUCUGGAGCUGAGAAGCCCCCUGCUGGAGAACCGGAGAACAACACGUCAUCGUCUUCAGCUGCAGCAGGAACAGAAGCUGCAGGAGACGGCGGCAGCAAGGUGGAGAUGGUUUUCUGGUUGCUCUCCAUGCUCGCCAACAGAGACAAGGAGGAGAUGUCCCGGACUCUGCUGGUGCUGUCCAGCUCUCAGGACAGCUGCAUCGCCAUGAGGAAGUCCGGCUGCGUUCCUCUGCUGGUCCAGAUCCUGCACGAAGCUCCGGGCGGCCCCGGAGGCGGUCCUGGAGAGACAACAGUGUCCUGCAGCCGAGAAGCUAAAUCCAGAGCCAGUGCCGCUCUCCACAACAUCAUCUACUCCCAGCAGGACGAGGGCCAGGCCCGGCGGGAGAUGCGGGUCCUGCACUUGCUGGAGCAGAUCCGGACCUACUGCGACAGUGGCUGGGACUGGAUCGAGAACCACACCGGGACACCUUCACCUGGAGGAAGCAGAACCAGUGAUAUUCCUGAACCUGUGGAGCCACAGAUCUGCCAGGCCAUGUGCGCCAUCAUGAAGCUGUCGUUUGAAGAAGAGUACCGACGUGCCAUGAAUGAAUUAGGCGGCCUGCAGGUGGUGGCAGAUCUGAUUCACCUGGACCAGGACAUGUACGGCAUGCAGAAUGACCCUAUCAACAUGGCGCUGCGACGAUACGCUGGGAUGGCGAUGACCAACCUCACGUUUGGAGACGUCGUCAAUAAGGCGACGCUGUGCUCGAAGAAGAGCUGUCUCCAGGCUCUGGUGGCUCAGCUGUCGUCAGACAGUGAGGAGCUGCAUCAAGUGGUCUCCAGCAUCCUGAGGAACCUGUCCUGGAGAGCAGACAUCAGCAGCAAGAGAGUUCUACGAGACAUCGGCUGUGUUUCUGCGCUGAUGACCUGCGCGUUGCAGGCCACCAAGGAGUCGACCCUGAAGAGUCUUCUGAGCGCUCUGUGGAACAUGUCGGCUCACAGCAUCGACAACAAGGUGGCCAUCUGCUCUGUAGAUGGCGCUCUGGGCUUCCUGGUCAGUACACUGACGUACCGAUGUCAGACCAACUCGCUGGCCAUCAUCGAGAGCGGAGGUGGAAUUCUCCGAAACGUUUCGAGUCUGAUCGCUGCUCGAGAAGACUACAGGCAAAUCCUCAGGGACCACAACUGCCUCCAGACUCUGCUGCAGCACCUGCGCUCCCACAGCCUGACCAUCGUCAGCAACGCCUGCGGGACACUCUGGAACCUUUCAGCCCGGAGUCCAAAAGACCAGGAGUUGCUGUGGGACCUCGGAGCAGUUAGCAUGCUGCGCAACCUCAUCCACUCUAAGCACAAGAUGAUAGCCAUGGGCAGUGCUGCAGCUCUGAGGAACCUCCUCACCAACCGACCGCUGAAAUAUAAGGAUGCUGCAGUAGUGUCCCCCGGCUCCUGCAUGCCCUCACUCUACAUGAGGAAACAGAAGGCUUUGGAGGCAGAGCUGGAUGCAAAACACCUGGCAGAGACCUUUGACACCCUUGAGAGACAGAGCCCCAAGCACCUAACCCUCAAUAAGCCACUUCGGCACAUUGAAAGUCUGGCGAAAGACUAUGCAUCUGAUUCUGGUUGUUUUGAUGAUGAUGAGGCUCCAAACGUCUCCAGUAGCUUGGAAACUGGCAGCUUCUCCAUGCUGUCCAUGUUCCUCACCAACUCAAACUUCUUACAAAACCAGCCUCGUAAGAGAGACAGUGAACCUGAAAGAGAUGUGGACCACCAUCAGAUGAUCGAGAAGAGACAUGCGCCCUCUGAUGAUGUGGUAUCUGCUGCUGCAGAGAAGCUGGCAAAAAAGAUUACCAACACAGUUGCCAAGAUCGACAGGUUAGUGGAGGACAUCACCAUGCACACGUCCUCAGAGGACAGUCUGAGCUUCAGCUCGGAGGAUCACCUGGCGGACUGGCCUUAUGGUCUUGAUGAACUCAAUGAAGCCCGAGCACAAUCAUGCUCCCCCUGUCACCUCUCUGAUACCAGCAGUCUGGCUCACAGAGAACGUCUCACUCGAGCCCACGCACUGUUGCGCCUCAAAACCGCCCACACAAGUGUCUCAACGGACAGUCUGAACAGUGGCAGCACCAGUGACGGCUACUGUGGCAGCAAAGACCAAAUACAACCUGCUCCAAGACCCCUAAUUGUACCACAGCAAAGACCCAACCAGCUCGAUCUCAAGGUGGCUCAUCAACAAUAUCUUAAUGUAGGACCUGGUGUCCUCAAUGAGACAAGCCAGCAAGAUAUUCCAGAGAGAGAUUCUGUGGACAACAAAGAUGUAAAAGCUCUUGAGCUCAGCAACAUGGAUGCAGAAAAGAACCAGGAUCAACCCGUGCAAACACCUGUGAGUGUGUCCACUAAGGUCUCCUCUGAUGUCAGCAUGACAUCCAUUAAACUGUCACCAUCUUAUCAACAGGUUCCACUCAUUCAAAGUGUGGCCAAAUUUGGUGUGGCAAAGACGGCGAUUAAUGUCCAGGCUGCCCAGGCAAUGAGGAGACAAGCAUGGGUUCCUACUGUGAUGACUGGGGGGAGCAUCACAAAAUUUUCACCAAUGGCGUCCACUAGAAGUCCAACCAUCGGGACGAUGGAGACAGUUCAAAAAUACUCAGUGGAGAACACGCCAAUCUGCUUCUCUCGCUGCAGUUCAUUGUCUUCCCUGUCUUCUGGGGACGGAGCCCUGGACGGACAAAGUGAAAAUGAACUGGAGAGUGACUCCUCUUUGGAAAUAAUUGAAGUGGAGGAUGGAGAAGUGGUGAAGAGAGAUGACGAGGAUGAAACCCUGGAGGAUCUGAGCGACAGCCAACUGCUGAUGACGGACUCCAAAACCUUCCCAUGCAAGGAGACAGAUCCCAUUGAAAUUCCCUGUCCUGCCAAAAGGGAAAAAGUUUUCCUCAGAGGGACUUCACCUGCUGUGCUUGAAGACAGAUCUCCAUCCAGUUCAUCUGACAAUUACAUACAUGAAACACCACUGGUAAUGAGUCGCUGUAGCUCGGUCAGUUCCCUGGGCAGUUUUGAGUCUCACUCUAUUGCCAGUUCAAUCCAAAGCGACCCAUGCAGUGAGAUGAUCGAUGGGACUAUAAGUCCCAGUGAUCUACCCGACAGCCCUGGACAAACAAUGCCUCCCAGCCGAAGUAAAACUCCAUGUUGUGUUGAGUCAAACGGACCAGAGACACAGGCCUCAGGAAUAACGGGCCAGUGGGAAAGUAGCCUGCGGAAGUUCAUGGAGAUCACAGACAAGGAGAGGUUUAACCUUCCUCCUGACCUUGACACAAUGAUCUACUUCACUGUGGAAAAGCCAACUGAGAACUUCUCUUGUGCUUCAAGCCUAAGUGCUCUGCCUCUCCAUGAACACUAUAUACAGAAAGACGUAGAGCUGAAAUUAACUCCCCUCCUCCAGCAAAAUGACAAAGACCUUCCCUUCCCUGAUGAGGAUGAGCAAGGGCUCGACCACGGAGAGAGAUACAGUGAAGGCAAUUCAGACGAUGAUAUAGAAAUCUUAAAGGAAUGCAUCAACUCUGCAAUGCCCUCCAGGUUCAGAAAAGUGAGAUCUUCCCUAAUGACCACAAUCCCUUCGCAUAUUCUCAAUUCCCAUAUCCGAAAACAAAUCCAUCUUCCUGUGUACAUGAUGCUCCCGAAUGGCAAAACACAAAUGUGUCCUGGAAGGCGAAUUGUCAUCCCACAAAAGGACUUGAGGUUUGAUGAUUCAUCCCUCACUGAUUCUGCAGAACAUACCCCUGUUAACUUCUCCAGCACAACAUCGUUAAGUGAUGAAACACUCCAGUAUCCAGUAAAAGAGAGGGGGGCUAAAGACUGUACAGCUAAAGGUAUGAACAGACAGGAAGUGCUUGAUGACGAGGCAAAGAGGAUUGAAGACUUGCGGAUAUUCUCACACUUCCACAAACCCAACAGGACUAAUCAGCCACCUGAGAUACAAAUGAAUCGAACAACAAAACACGUCAUACCCACUCAGAGGGUGUUGAUGCAGAGCAAAGAAGUCGCUGACAGAGUGGCAAGCCAAAGAAAUCGUGAUCAGUCUCCGAACCAACAGAAGAAGAGGUCAGGUCAAGGCAGUCACAGAAAAAUGGAACUGCCCAUCAUAAAGCAAAACACAGACAUCAAUACUGGAUCACAGAAAGGAAAGACAAUCGUCCGACAAAUGACACAUUCUUCAGAGGACAGUAACAGCUUCUAUACUGAUGAAAAUGAAUUUGAUGAAACAAUGAAGCGAACAAGUAGAAAACAGUUCAGGGAAACAAGCCGAAACACUUUCUCACGGAGCAUGACGAACAUUGGCAGGAUUGAUAAUCCUCAAGCAAAACCCAGAGGUUUUCAAAGAUUAAAACAGAAUCUGAUAAAGGAUGAAUCUCCAACAUGUUACUCACUCAGCUCUUCUCUGAGUUCACUGAGUGACGCUGAGUUUGACGAACACAAAUCAAAAGCUCAGCAAAUAUGGUACAAAAACAGACACAACAAAACUCUAAGUAUGGCACAACAAUCGAAGUCUAUGACCAUUCACAGCCAAUAUGAGGAGCAAAGCUCACCAAGUUCUGUGAGCAUGGAUUCAGAAGACGACCUUCUUCAGAAGUGCAUAACAUCUGCCAUGCCCAAGCAGAGAAGGAGGCUCGCUGCCAGGAGGAAGAAGGCCGAAAAUUCGCAAAAACAAAAGCAAAAGGUCUCUGAUAGUUGGAACAUGGAUGAAGAAAUGGACAGUGACGAUAUGGCAUGGGAUGAAGAUUCUGACCUCAACAGUGUUGAAUGGCGGGCCAUACAGGAAGGUGCUAACUGUGUUGUCACUGGGCUACAGGCUUCCAGGUCUCAAGAACCAUCCUCUGAAGAGACUGAAUCAGUCCUGUCAUUCAUGUCAACGUCCAGCUUUACACCUAAAGAAAGGAAGUUUGCUAAAGACAAAAAGGCAAACAAACCUUUAGAUUUCGCACAGCGCAAGCCCGUUCCAAACUUACCAGUGGUUUUCAGAGGCAGAACAGUGAUCUAUACUCCGAAAAAAGAGACUGCUCCAUCACAGAGACCUCCUCCCAGAAAAGUGCCAACCAAGACAGAUGCUCCAAAGAACCCAGAUCUUGCUCAGCACAGAUCAAAGAGCCUCCACAGAUUAGGCCGCCCCCAGGACACAGAACUGUCUUUGCCAAAGAGGAGCUCUACUCCACCUCCAAGGAUACCAAAAAGUUCAUCCUCUGGAUCGUCACAAAGCUCUACACCAUCCAAACAGAGUCAGAAGAAGAUAACAUCACCAAUUCAGGCAAACAAAUCCAUUCAGAAAAAGAAUGCCACGCCAGUUAGCAGUCCACCAGCAAGGAGUCCCCCUGAAAGAAAGGGAAGGUCCCCUGUUGUGAAUCAAAAUGAAAAGUCCCCACCACCUAAAACUCAAAAGUCACCAGUUCGAAUCCCUUUUAUGCAAAAUUCUGGAAGACAACCCAGACCUUUGUCACCGCUGGUCACUAACCAAACAACCGACAUACAAACUAAUCAGGUCAAUGGGAAAAGGGUUCUACCCCCUAACCGGUAUGACCUUGUCAGGAUGACCUCUGUCCACUCAAAUGGUGGUGAGACUGAUCGAAGUGGAUUUUUAAGACAGCUGACUUUCAUUAAGGAAUCAAAGACUGCACUGAGACGUGAUGGAUCUGUCCACAGCAUGUCAAGCUCUCAAAAUGGAUCACCCCGCAGAGCAGUUCCUGGAGCGUCAGCUGUCUUCCUUUGCUCUUCACGCUGUCAGGAACUUAAAGCAGCUGUUCAAGCUCAAAGAAGGGUUCAAGUAAAAGGUGCAGAACCACCACAGCAGGUCCGUAGGAUAAACUCUGGCCUUCAGAAGCAGAGUACAGCCCUCUCCAGAGCAACCUCUAGUGAAAGGAAUUUAUCUGCUAGACGCCAAGCCAGGAGAACAAGUUCUGAAAGCCCCUGCAGGGUGGCUCAGCGAAAUGGGUCCAGCAGACUGUCCAGCACCAGGCAGCAACAAGACAAAGACACCUUUAAACGUCAUGCCUCGUCACCGAGCAUAAACAUACUGAGCCGAGUGACCAGCCGGUCUUCCAUCCGCUCUUCAUCAUCUGAUUCGAGUGGAAGGGCAAAGAGCGAGGAUGACACAAAGAAGAAAGGACAGAGAUCCUCGUCCACCUGGAGGAGAAUCAGGGAUGAGGAUGUACCUCAGAUCUUGAAGACUACUCUGCCAGCCAAUGCUUUACCUCUGGUGCCUUCUCCUGAUGGGGAAAAGCCAAAGCCACCAGUUCUUGCAGGUAAACUGCCUACCAUUCUUCUUGCAUCUCGCAAGACAAGUGAUGCAACAGUCCAGACGGAGGAUUUUACGAAUAACAAAACCAACUCGAGCACCUCUCCAUCCGUCGAAGCGGCUCCGGUUACGUCCGAAGAAGUGGCACGACUCAGCCAUUUCAAGAAGAUCUGUGCCUCCUCAGGGAGUAACCUCCUGGGUGGUGAGUCAGACGGUUCUCUGAGGAGCCAUAGCACCAUUUCUACAGGAACAGCAGACGGUCACGUGGGCGGAGCUGUCCAUUUCCGACAAGGAUCCCCCAGCAAGGCUGCACGAGUCACACCAUUCAACUACACCCCCAGCCCCAUGACAUGCUGCCUGCAGGACUCACAGAUCCAAGCUGCCACGGUCAGUGAGAAGUCAGGAGAGAAGAGAGAGUCGUAGGACGUUUUGUGGAUUACUGGACUCUACUGUGUCUCUACUGUUUCUACCGUGUCCCUGAAUGAAACUCUCAAACCCUCAGGUGGACAGACAAGGAGUGUGCUGACACUAUACCUCGGAUAUUGACCUUUAAGUUUCUCCAUUGAUCACAUAUUCAUGUUUUUCUGUCUGAACAGCUUCCAUCUACGCCUCCUACAGGGUUGGAUGUAUGCAUUGAAACAGGUCUGAUAUGAACGGACCGAUAUUAACUUUUAGAGAUGCACUUCAGGAAAACAUGUGGCCAGAUGAGGAAGUGCAUCUUUUUGUACUUGUUUUGUAUUUGUAGAAUAAUUAUUGCCUGGUAGAAAUGUAGAAAUAUUCAGCAAAAGACAAUGAAGUGGAUCUCAGCACAUGAAUCACUGUCGGUCUCCUGGACACAAUCUAAUGAUAUUAUGCAAAUACUCAGCUGGACUUUCACCUGAAAGAAUGUGCAGUCUGUGUUCGACGGACUUUUCAUGAAAGACACAAACGCAUUGACAUGUAAAGUAUUUUUUACAUAAGUUCAUCAAAGCUCAAACCAUUCAACUGUCAAUCAUUGCUGUUACAUAAUGAAACACUCCCUCAUAUUAAUAACAUUUUUUUAUUUAAAUUGUCCGUCUUUUAAAAACAUUAUUUAGACUGAGGUUUUUGUGGAUAAACUCCAGGAUUUUACACCUCAAUUCCACACAGCUUUGUUUGCACCGGACAUGGUUGAAAGUGCAUUCGUGCGGCAGAAGUUAAGAAAUGAUCAACUUUCCACACGGUGCCAUUAGUGUUGGCCAAUCAAAUCACAAUGAUAUGUGUAAUGCUGUGUUUCCAUCAUGGUACGGUACAGUUUGGAAUGGUACAAUCCUGUGGGUGUGGGCUGUGCCUGAUGGCCGCGUAGCACGACAUCAUACCAGUACGAGAACGACGGCACGGAAUCCGACUAGAGAUGUCAGUCUUUGUGUGAGAACAGACUGUGGGUACACCCACCCCUCUGCCAAUCAGCUGCCGUUCUAGCUCCGCCCUGAUCAUAACAUACAUUUUACUCUGGUUCCUAAAGGGAAGGGUGACAAAGAAGGCUGAUCCCGAGGUGACUUGCGUUUUUGUCGGACAUAGUUUCACCAAACAGCUAACACCACGUUACCAUCACUUUAGCAACAUUAGCAACUCUUGCUACAAAGUCGGCCACACCAGGCGUCAGCCACACCCACUUCAAAAGUUAUUAAUGUGAGGGAAUGAUUUAUGGAAAGACUUUGGGAUACAUUGAUGCUAACUGUGUGUUUUGUGAGUGAACAGUGUCCGCGCUGUCCUGUCUUCUAUGUUUUCAUCAGUGUUGUAAAUACCAGCCACUUAUUACAAACCCUUUCAAAGCUUCCACAACAGUUGUGCGUUGUUCUCCCGACGUGACAGCAUGCUAAUAUAUUCACAGACUGCUAAUGUGGUGGUGGACACAUAAUGACAGUGAGACACAUGAUGAGCAUUAACCGUCUGUAUUAUUGUGACCUAUAAUAACCUGUCAACAUACCAACAAAGCAGAUUCAAUGAGCACAUGUUUGUGUUUGCUACUUUAUUCAGGCUCCUACAGCUGUUUGGGUACUUCCUGUAAGGAUAUGAGAGGAUCUUGUGAUUGGAUGACUGUUGGCAGGUGUGGCCUCGAGAGGUUUUUAUAAUCGUGUUAAUAUCUGCUUUACUGUGUUGCUGUAAAAGUAGCGAUAGGACGAGAAGUCAAAUAUUAAGAAGAUGAAUAUUCUCUUGUACUAUCUCACUCCUCCUGCUCGCUCGGUCGCUCUGAGAUUAAAGACAGGACCAACAUUUAAAGUGAUAGUUUGUGAUUUUUUAAAUGGGGUUGUAUGAGAUAUGUAUGUUAGAUCUAUACAACUGAAGUUUCUAAACCACUCACUCUCCCACACUAAAGUCCAUAGAGAAAAUCGUGUGGUCACUUUGUGUCACUGAAGUCAAUCUGAACAAAGGAUUUCAAACACUGAAGUGAUAAAAUAAGAUAUUUGAACAUAGUGAUGGAGGCAGCAGUG